UGUAGCAUUCAACAUUUUAUUAAGUUUAUAUUUUAGAAAAUGACAAUAGAAUUUAACGUUAAAUUGUUACGAAAUCUCUAACUUUUUUAAAAUUUUCCAUGCUAGCAUUUAGCUUAAUAAUCAAUAAAUCUCAGCGAUAGUUUUUAUGUUGUGUAAUUAAUCAUGUGCCAAAGUUUCUUCGGGUUCCAACUUCCCAUGCUCACUCUCCUACCCUACCCACCACCAUCCACCAUCGACGCCAUGGAUGUUACCGCCACCACACAGUCCAAGGGAGUUCAGUCACACAGUAAAGACAGUAACCCCGCUUGAUGCCACUCGAGUAUAUUAUUAUAAAAUCAUCCACCCGCCAUUUCUGCAAAAAAUUCAUCCUCCCAUUCCUCUUCCCCCUCAAGAAUUAAUCCCCAACAAUUCCGAUGGCCUCAACGAAGACGAACCCAGAAAGCGGCUUCAACCCGACAACCAAGACCUUCCACAGCCUUCGACCGCCGAUUCACCUCCCGCAGGACGACGCUCCCAUCUCCGUCGUCGACUACGCCCUCUCCAUCCGUUCCGCAUCCUACUGGCCCGACUCCACGGCGGCCCUGAUUGACUCAGCCACCGGUCAACGAAUCCCUUACUCCGACCUCCUCAAACGGCAUAAAUCCCUGUCGUAUUACCUUCAGCACGUCCUCAAGCUGUCUAGACACGACGUCGCUUUGGUAAUCUGCCCCAACUGCGUUCAAGUCCCGAUCCUCUACCUAUCCCUCCUCUCGAUCGGCGUCGUGGUCUCCCCGGGUAACCCGCUCAGCACCGGGUCGGAAAUCGCCCGGCUCGUCGAGCUAUCCGGCCCCACCAUAGCGUUCGCCACGUCAUCCACGGCCCACAAGCUCCCGAAGCUGAGGCUCGGGACGAUUCUCGUUGACUCGCCCGAGUUCGAGUCGAUGAUGAUUAGGACGACUUUCGAUUUGGAUCUCGAUCACGGCCCCCAGCCGAGUCAAUCCGACGUGGCGGCGAUUCUGUACUCCUCGGGAACGACGGGAAGGAUUAAGGGGGUGAUGCUUACGCAUCGGAACCUAAUCGGGGUCGUCGCCUUGUGCCGUUCGUCGGCGGUGGCGGCGGGAGAGAGGGCUUCUCCGCCCGUUUUGCUCUACACGGUGCCGCUUUUCCACGUGUUCGGGUUCAUAUACUCGCUGAAGUCGGUCGCGCUGAUGGAGACGGUGGUGAUGAUGCCGAGAUUCGGUCUGGACGGGAUGCUGAAGGCGGUGGAGGAGUUCGGCGUCACCGAUGUGGCGAUGGCGCCGCCGGUUGUUGUGGCGAUGGUGAAAUCAGGCUCCUCGGAGCGGUAUGACUUGAGUUCGCUGAAGAGCUUGGUCGUCGGCGCAGCUCCGCUGGGGAAGGACGUCAUCGCUGCGUUCAAGGCCAAGUUCCCGACGGUGGAGUUGGCCCAGGGGUAUGGUUUAACUGAGUUGACGGGGCCAGUCUCUCGAGUACUUGGUCCUGAAGAAUCUAAAAAAUGGGGCUCUGUCGGGAGGCUUUACGGGCUUUUGGAAGCGAAAAUCGUUGAUCCCGAAACACAAGAAGUUUUGCCUCCUGGAAAACAAGGAGAGCUUUGGGUCAAAGGGCCAACAACAUUUAAAGGUUAUGUGGGUGAUCCUGAAGGGACCAUCGAAAACAUGAUUAUCAAUGGGUGGUUGAGGACCGGCGAUCUAUGUUAUUUUGACGAUCAAGGUUUCCUUUAUGUUGUGGAUCGACUCAAGGAGUUGAUUAAAUACAAUGGAUACCAGGUUGCCCCUGCAGAGCUUGAGCAAUUGUUGCAGUCCCAUCCAGGCGUAGCCGAUGCAGCAGUCAUUCCGUACCCGGAUGAGGAGGCAGGGCAACUUCCAUUUGCAUGUGUGGUGAGGCGACCAGGGUGUAUCCUCGAUGAAAGAUCAGUAAUGGAGUUCGUCGCGAAACAUGUUGCACCAUACAAAAAGAUAAGGCGAGUUGCGUUUGUGAACUCCAUACCCAAAAGUCCGGCCGGGAAGAUACUGAGGAAGGACUUAAGGAAGAUUGUUUUGGCGCUAUUGCUAACAACUUCGUCGUCUAAAUUGUAGUCUCAUGAUUUCCAAAACUUUGUUGUUUAGAAAAGUGCUCAAUAAUUCAUCAUAAAGUUGAUGCCAAGAGCUGCACAAUAUUAAUAUAAUCCAGUAGUUUAUACGAACAGCCAUUGCAGUCAAAAUCGCGCUUUAAAACAUAAAAGCUUACGCUUUUACCUUUCUAGGUCACUAAAAUGCUUUUAUGUAGAAUCGUGAUUUUCCUUUACAAAUGUAGUCAAAAUCUACGCUUUAAAACUUAAAAGCUUACAAUUUUACGCUUUUAGGUAGAAUCGCGCUUUUGACUGCAUUAUUGCCAACAUAUUCAUCCACUUGAUAAGUGGAGGUUCGAUUAGUGUCCUUACCUCGUAAUUACAAAAUAAGAUUGUAUGACUGUGAGAGUGUUUAGAUUACAUGUUCUAACUAAAAUGCUAUCAUGGUGAUUUUUUUAAAAUCUAACAACAACGGAGUAUGUUUCAUCAACCAAUUCGUUUUCAUAUUUGUUCACGAGGCUGCUAAAAAAUGAAUGAGCUUAUAGUUCGAGUAGGCCAUCAAUGAGCCGAGUCAUGUCGAGUCGAGUUUUGCUUUGUUUAGUUUUGGCUCGUUAAUAAACGAGCAGAGUUCGAGAUUGGCUAAUUUAUAAUGAGUCGAGUCAAGCUCGAGCUGGGUCAUUUAUUAAAAUCUACUUGACUCAUCAUUAAGAUCAGUAGUUCGGCUAGAGCUCAACUCUAUGAUAAUUCAUAAAUUAUACCCUAAUAUUUAUAUGUCAUAUAUGAUACGUGUGAUUAAUUGAUAUUGUGUCAUAUACGAGACAUAGUUGCUCACAUACUAAAGUCUUAUACAUGUGAGAUAUACAAUUUAAUAAAUCUAUGAAUUAUCAACAAGUCAACUUAUAAGAUAUAGAUUGAUUUUCUCAUAAGUUAGUAGUCGAGUUGGCUCUCUAAUCACAAUGUUGAGACAUCUCAUGAGCUCAAAACAAGAGAUUUUAUGAGUUGGGUUCAACAAACUACCCUGUCAAGUUUGCUCACGAGCCUCAUGAGUUAAACAAUGUUAAGCUCAAAUUCGGCUUAAGAGUCUAACUUUUUCUUAAUCAAGCAAAUUUUUUUUAUCGAGUCAAACGUUGGGCCAUUCAUGAGCACCUUGGUUAACAACUCUAAAUCCAACCAAUUCAUCUACAUAUAUUGUUGUUGAGGUUGCUUUAGAAGGAAUGAUCUUCAUGGUCACUUUAUCUAGUGACCAGCAACCAUUGCACCACCAAAGAACAUCAAACCCAAAUGCACUAAUAGCAAAUUUCGCGCACUCUAUUUCCCAGUUUGUUUUUGUAGAAGAAGACUCGCACACUCCCUGAGAGACAUUUGAUGUGUUUAAGUGAUGAAAAAUAUACGAAAAUAAAGAUUCUUAACAUUUUUGUGAUGUUAUGAUGUAAUAUUUGGGAAUUGGGAGGGAGUGUAGUUUUCUAGCACAUCAUGAACACCGAUAAAGGUUGACUUUAAUAGUGACAUUUGUGACAAGAAUAUCUAAACCUCAUAAUCCAUCUUUAAUAGUGAAAAGGAUUUAGCUAGGGAGAUUUGGAACUAAUUAAGGGCAAGAUCGAUU